ACAUACAAGAACGGGGUCAGUUUUUGUGGCAUAUUAACAAAAGAUUGAACGCAGCAACCAGCCGAGAUGUUCACUCCUCCCCAAAACAUCACUACUGAACAGAUUCAAAAGUACCUGGAGGAGAAUAAGCAGUUGAUUAUGGCCAUUCUGGAAAAUCAGAAUCUGGGAAAGUCUGCCGAGUGUGCCUCGUAUCAAAACCAGCUGCAACAGAACUUGAUGUAUCUAGCUAAGAUAGCUGAUGCCCAACCUGAGGCACCAAAAAUUCCUAAUCAGAUGCCCUCACAUUCUUCAGAUCAACAAGAGCACUACAAGCACCCCUCUCAGACUGCAAUGUCGCAACAAGAAGUUCUUUUAGCUUCAAAGUUCCCGCUCUCAUUGAAUGAUCAUCAUCAGCUUCCUAAUGUACAACAACAGCAAUUCAUCCCGGGUCAAAUUGGCAUGAGAUCUGGUGCCUCAACUUCAACUGGCAGGUAUCAAGGACCCAGAAGCAGCUUCAUGAAUGUACAAGGAAGCGAGCAAGAUAACUUGUAGGCUGGUACUGGAGAUGAUCUUAGUAAAUCAGCAACUACAUGUAACGGAGGAGAUACUGUAUCUGAAUGUUCGCUAUAUGGGCAAUUCCAUGUGUGCAACUUUUUGUCUAAUCAUCUAAUUGCAUUUUAAGCUUGAUUACUGCAUUCUUUCGUUUGGGCAUAGUUUUCUAUUGUUACGAAGAAUGCUUGAUAGGCAAUGUUUAGCCA